AUGAACACUCACUUCGAGACUAUCGUUCAAUACUGUAAGGGCUGGACUAUAGCAACGGUGGCUUUAUUUAGCGAUGCUAUACUCAAAAACCCGGGUUAUCUAAAGCUAAGAAAAAUCAGAGCCGCCCAACAAGUGGCAAAAACGAUCGCUACCUCCCAGAAUCGUGUUUACCUGAACGCCAGUUCCCUUAUGUUGAAUAUCGCCGACAAAGACUUUGAUGUGACGAACGAAGCCAUACAAAAGGGACGCAAAUAAUAUUGCAAUUCAAGUCAUUUAUGAAAUGAUUAUUAGAUUUAAAAACAUUAUUCAAUGAAUCAAUUAAUUCUUUAUUAGGAGAAAUUCUGUGAAUUUAUAUCUUAUCCUUUGGAGGCUUACCUUUUUUGUUACCGUAUUUUGCAAAUAAAUCAUUUAAUCUCCAAAUUAUAUACCAUUUAGUUUUAUUAGAAAUGAUGACAGUUUAUAAUAACAUUUGAAGAUUAUUUAAAUUUUUUAAAUAAAGUUUGAAUUUUCGUAUAA